CACGAAUCAACUCGUAGAUUUUAACUCUGAUCAGUGAGCCAGACCACCGGUGAAAAUGUCUGUGAAGAUCCUCUCCAUCACUCUCCUCCUGCUCUCGGUGUGUGUGUGCUGCCACUCCUCUGAAGAUACUCAUGGUCGUGGACCUGGAAGUAAACCACCGUGCUGUGUUGACGUCACCAAAGACAAUAUGAGCGCUGACGUGGUGGGACAAACAUAUCGUGAGCUGGCUGCAAGGCAUCACUGUGUGAAGGCUAUAAUUUUCAACACAAAAAAUGGAGAACAACUUUGUGCUGAUCCAGACGCUCAGUGGGUCAAAGAUCUCACUGCCAAAAUGAAGAAGGUGUGAAGCCUGUCUGCUGCAUCAGUAUUUCCAGUAUUUCCAUCACCUUUAACCUCCUGAAAGACCUGAACUCUUUCAUGGCAUGCAUUUUUUAUUUCUCUUUCAUAUUUGGGCAUAUUA